AUGAAGGAUGAACAAAGGGAAGUUGUAACUACAGUGAUUUUGAAUGGUCCACUUGGAGAAGUCAUAGAUGCUUCGCAAGGUACUAUUGACGACAAAGCUCUGGUGCAAGUGGUCCGUGCUGGAAUUUUAUCAGCGAACGGCAACUUCUCUUGCAUGUUGUCUCAGUGGCACUACUGCAACACUUUCUACCAUCGCCCCACAGAGUCACCUGCUUCUCUUGAAGACCUAAUGACCAAGGCAGUGCAAUCUAUGUCUUCCUUGAGGCUUAAGCAAUCCUGUGACCACGGGAAGUUCACGAAAGAGGUGGCAUUACAGCAUCUGUUUUUUGAAGCCCUGACUUUGCAGCUUCAUGCUUAUGUGUCUGUCUGCCCAGAGCUGAAUACCUUUGCCAAAGAUUCAUCGGGGAAUGUGAUCACUGGGGAGUUGGAUUUUGUUGUUGGUGGCAAGUUGAGUUGGGCAAUUGGAAUUACAAGGAAGGGAGACAAGAUCAAUCAACACGUGAGUCGGUUUGAUCCUAAUAAUGGAAAAUACCGAGCAAUAGGUCACUCUGCCUGGAUUGUUGUGGAUUGCAGGGGACCACGGGUCAAACAAGUGGAAUCCAAGGAAGCCCGUUGCACCCUUUACUUUGCAGAGAAUUUUCAGACUGCGGAUCCGGGUGUAAAAUGCGACUUCAGCUGCUUCAGUCUAUUACUCUGA